AUGAUCGUUGUGCAACUGAAAGCUACUUAUACUGUUCCGUUGAGCAACAGUAAUAAAAGUGCUACAAUAUAUGCCUGGAGUACUUGGGGUAGCUGGAGUGCCUGUUCAAGGUCGUGUGGUGGAGGAGUAGCUGUUCAAGAGAGACACUGCCUACCAAGAGAUCCUACACGGUGGCGUCGCAGCAGGAAGAGAAGGAAACUAGGCAGAGAAGACAGAUCUCGUCGAGCUCGUACUGCCAAUAAUAUUGUGAAUGUACCAGACUGUGCCGGACUUGGAAGACGAUACCACGAGUGUAAUACACAGCCAUGUCCGGGAUCGUAUCUGGAUUCUCGUGGGGAACAAUGCGCGUUGUACGACCGCAGGCCGUUUAGAGGCAGGUUCUAUACAUGGGUUCCGUACGUCGACGGUAACGCACCAUGUAUUCUCAACUGCCGGCCUCGUGGACAGCAGUUCUACGCAUCACUAGCCCUGGUCGCUGAUGGAACUUCCUGCACAAAACCCGGUUACCGCGCUAUAUGUGUUCAGGGCUCAUGUAAGGUGGUAGGUCGUGAAGAGGUUCUAGCAUCGACUGCGACGAGAGACGUCCAGUGUGGACGUCGCCUUGUUUCUGGUCUCUUCUCCCGACCUCGUCUUCCUCUGGGAUAUUCCUCUGUCACCACAGUGCCAACCGGCGCUUGUAGACUUAAUGUCUCCGAAAUUGUCGCCAGUGAAAAUUACAUCGCACUAAGAGUAUCCAACGGUUCAUACAUUGUAAACGGUGAGUUUGCUGUUAGUGCACCUGGUACAUACGAGGCGGCGGGUGCAAGAUUUGUAUACUCUCGAUCUGCUGGACUAGACAAUAUAUUUGCUAUGGGACCCAUACAUCAACCCAUUGAUAUUAUGGUCUUAUACACGCAACCAAACCCGAACAUAAAAUACGAAUACCUUACCGAUUCGCUGCCUGAUGAAACGAGCAACGACAUUCCGAAUGAUAUUAGCAGUUCUGCCCAUCAUCAGAUGCAAAGGCAUCAUCGCCACCAUGUGGCAGAAUCCCAUACGAGGGCUCUAGAAAAGUCUGGACCAUCUUUGUCGAAGCAACCAGAAGCGAGUUCGUCUGAAACACAAUAUCAAUUGGACACGAAUGUUAUUGGCGAUAGAAUAUUUGUAUGGAAAGUAAUGUCAUACACGCAAUGUUCAAGAACUUGUGGUGGCGGUCUUCAAAUUGGGAAAUUUAAAUGUGUCGAAGUAGAUGGUAAAGAAGACCGUGAAGUAUCUGCUGCUCAUUGCAAAGGAUCACCACCACCGUCUCGACGUAGAAGAUGUGGGGUUGUUCCUUGUCCACCUCGAUGGAGGGCUGCCGCUUGGGGUCCCUGCCCUGUUUGCGGUCCAGCUCAUAGGACUAGAAUAGUUGGAUGUGUUCAAGAUCAUGCUCGGGGAAUUACAAAGAUAAGCGAUCAAAAAUGUCCCCUACCUAUGCCACCAAGUAAGGAACCAUGUGAUAUACCGAAUUGUGAUGGUACUGCUAGCACAGAUAGCACACCACGUCUUGAUGCGAGACGUCACGUAAAUCCUUACGAACGUGUUGAUGCAUUCCAUGAAACAAAACCAAAGGUGACUCUCGCUAACAACGUAUCUGCUAUCGAGGUUCAUCCAAAACAUGAAUCGAAGUACACUCAUAGUGCUGCUGGUGGAUGGCUGUAUACUGAAUGGUCUCAGUGUGUCGGUUGGUGUUCGAGCGGUGUUCAGUCCCGCGGCGUCCGUUGCUCGGAGCCCGAUGGGUGCUCCGCCCACGCCCCGGCCUCAUCACAGGCCUGCUCGGCGAAGAAACAAUGUGAGCCGCAAUGGUUUACUGGAGAGUGGUCUCCAUGUACCGCUGAAUGUGAUGGAAGACAGAUAAGAGGUGUCAUUUGUAUCGGAGGAAACGGAAGAAGAUUGAGAGAUGGUUCAUGCAAAACACCAAAACCUGAAGCCGAAAGACCAUGCGGUGGAACCUGUGCACCAUCUUGGUAUCUUAGUGACUGGGGGGAGUGCACGGGUCCUUGUGAGGCUGGUAUUCAGACUCGUACAGUGUGGUGUGCUCGUGGCGGGGCGGGGGGUGCGGGGGGCGCUGGAUCAGCCAGGGAUCUGGAGUGUGGGGGAGGAAGACCACCAGCUAGGAGGUCAUGUGUACCAGCGAGGUGCACAACUAGACCGGUGAAGCCGGCCGUGAUAACACCCACAGUUACAGACCCGCAACGAGUGACGAGACAUCAAAGUCAAAACACGCAGAACGUCAAAGAACGGUCGUAUAGAAACGGAACGUGUACUGACAAGUUGAGCAAUUGUUCGCUAGCGGUGCAAGCGCGUCUCUGUCACUACCGCUACUACGCUGACAGCUGCUGUCGCUCCUGUCACGGACGGUAG